CACAAACCCUAGCUAGGGCUCUUGGGUGAAGGCAUGGACUUCGAUUUCGUGGACGAGUGCCGGCCCAACUUCCGCUUGCAAUCCAAUGCGGGUGUUCCACCCCAGCAAGGAGAUCCCAUCGUGGACAGGAGGCACGCCGCCAUCUGCGUGAUCCUAGGUAUGUCUGUGCUGCUUUGCUGCGCGUGGGUGGCGGCGUGGUCGUCGAUUGCGCAGCUCGUUGCAGCCUGGAUAGCAGUGUCGCUCAUUCUGGGCCCGCUUGCUCCCAUUUCUCUCACGGCUGGCGAUUGCAGCGUCGGCCAGGGUGUGAUCGUUGCUCCUCUCGACCCAUCUCCAGCUCCUCUUGCUGUGGAUGCCGCCGCGGACAAGAAGAUUUCUAGAUCCAGGAAGCAUGCCGGGGCUGCCAGGGCUGUGGAUUCGUCGCCACAAGUCGAUGGAACGGGAGGGAUCCUAGAGGCGCAGGAAGGAAAUGCUAGCUGGAAUGGGACGGGGGAGAGUGACGGCGCAGUCGUGGAAGGGGAGUGGAGUGAGGAGGAGGUUGCAUUCCUGAGAAAGCAGCUUGCCAAGCACCCGAGAGGAACAGCGAGAAGGUGGCAAGUGAUCGCCCAAAGUUUUGGCGGUUCUCGCACGGUGGACAAUGUAAUCCAAAUGGCAAAGGCUCUGGCAGACAAGAAGCCUGGCGACGAGGAUGCGUAUGCCAAGUUCUUGGCACAGAGGAAAGUGUCGAGCCGGCAGAUAUCAUUGGAUCUCAGCCUGAGAGAGGAGUUUGAGGAGGGAUGGCAGCUUGUGGACGAGGAGGAUGAUCCUUCUCCUGCCCCUGGCAAUGCAGGGAGCGUCGCCUGGUCAGAUGGUGAAGACAAGGCGUUGCUGGCUGGUCUCAAAGCAUUUCCGAAGGGCACACCGUCGAGGUGGGAUAGGAUACAGGCCACGGUGCGAGGCCGAAGCAAGAGCCAGUGCUUGAAGCGUUACUUGGAACUCCGAGAUGGCUUUCGGAGCUCAAAGCUGCGAAAAGAAAGUUGAUAUAACAUGGAUGGGAAUGCUUAGAACACUAUGCGUAAUUCAAUUCUGAGUCGUCCUUUGAGAUGUUGAGCCGCGCGUCAAGUUUGGCGUUUCCAGUGUCCGCGAACGAGCAAUGGCCAAGUAAGCUGAUUAAUCGGUCGAAGGAAGACAUUUGUCCUUGCUCCUUGACAGACGAGACGGGAGAGCGUUUUGCACAGGGUUGUGGUUACUGUCGCAGUCUUUAUGGAUGUCUCUUUCAGCGCGUAAAAGAAGGGAUGAUCCUCAAGACAAGAAGAUAAUACAUAUUGAAUAGGGGCUGGCACAACAAGUUGUGUUGGAGGAUCAACAAUAAGAGAUCUCAUCCCUCCCCCCCUCGGUCUUAUAUUUUUUGUUACGUGGGAUUAAGAAGCUUUGGACGUCAAAGGCUGCUAUGAAUAUGAAUCGAAAGAGACAUUGGAAUUUGGAAUGAUGAAAUGGAUCGCGUCUGGCACGGGACGGCACGGCCCGGCGGCUCUGGUUUGCAAUCUAGACAGCAUCUGGUCUAGAAUCUGGAGUGGAGAGACUUGUUGCUCGAGGGUCAGCUUGCAAUGCUUCGUCAGCUCGCAAUGAAUGUACUCGGUUAGGAA